AGAGAGAGAGAGAGAGAGAGAGAGAGAGAGAGAGAGAGAGAGAGAGAGAGAGAGAGAGAGAGAGAGAGAGAGAGAGAGGAGACAGAAGACAAGGGGGGUGGCUGACCAUCAGAAAACCAGCUUGCUCCAAAGUGACCACUGGGAGACGGUCCAAGAGACUCCAGCACAGCUGAAUGCAGAGAGAUCUUCUAUCCCAGACACCGCAGAGCUGAAAAGAAGAAGCGAGAAAAACCUGACUUUGAGUCACUGGGAGAGAGAGAGAGAAUACUUCUGUCCCUCUAUACUCGUGUUUACUGUAAGUGCGGGUGAUCAUGGCAGACAACGCAAAUGAGACGACUGAUUACUACCCCGGUAAAGAUGAGCUGGACUGGGGCUACGAGGAAGGCGUAGAAUGGGGACUCCAUUUCCCAGCAGCCAAUGGGGAAUAUCAGUCUCCCAUCAACCUGAACUCCAGGGAGGCUCAAUAUGACCCCUCCAUCUUGGACACCGGCCUGUCACCGAACUACGUGGUCUGUCGCGACUGUGAGGUCAUCAACGAUGGACACACUGUACGCAUCAUGCUCAAGUCCAAGUCAGUGUGA